CGUGCGCGCAAUGCUGCCGCCAGGCGACGGUGAUGCGCCAUGAAGCCCAUCACGUUCGAGAACUUGCGCCGCCUCGUCGGUGGCGGCCGCAAGAGCAAGAAGGACCGCGCCGAGUCGUCUUUCAAGCGCAGUGAUUCCUUCAAGCGCAUUUCCAUCAAGAGGAAUUACCUGGAACGCGGAGGAGGAAAGGCCAAACAAGCUGCCAAGGCGGCGGCCGCCGCCGCCACGGCGUCUGCCGUAGGGGGCGGUGCGGAAUCGGCCGCGCAACAGGAGCCGGCCUCGCUGGCGACGGAGACCACCAGCAAGUUGGUGACGAUAGCCGACGAGGAACCGGACUCGAUGGUGAUCGGCUACAAUCAGUGGAUUCGUGGUAUGCGCGACGGCGGUGCGUCUACGGCUGAAGGCAGCGGAAAGUUGCGGAGCUCGGUAGAACCGGCGCCGUCCACGGCUGCCUCCCGACGUCCACCGACGCCACCCCCGCGUCUCGCGAAAGAUUCUGGGUCGGUGGAGAUCUUACGUUUCGAGCGUUCUCCUGUGUACACGCGGAGGCAACCGCGCUGUUUCCGAGGUGACGAUUUAGGACCUAGCGCGAGUGCUAGUGUGGGCAGCAGUCGGCCGGACUCUGCGCUUAGCGUCAGCCUCGGACGGGUAUGGAUGGACGCGCCCCUCGCAAUGGCUCCGCGCAGCCUCGAGUUACCGCGUCCAUCGCCGACAUCGUCGUCUGGUGGCGCCUUGGAUGGUGGUGCUGGCAAAAGAGCACAUCAUUCCCUCGACUCGGCGCUAAAGGAUCAUCAUCGUUUUCAACCACGCACCAUUUCGCCCGCCGUGUCUUCUAGUAAGGAUUCUGGUUUCUCAUUUUCCAAUCCGAGACUCAGUGACGCCCCACUACCUUCUCCGCCACCGUUUAGUCCCCCAUCCAGUGGCGGAGGCUUCUUCCGCAAGAAGAAGCCAGCUGUCGCGAAACCGAAACCUAGUGUGAGUCGCGAUGGCUACUUCAAGAGGACCAGUGGUGCUAGCUGUUCUGUGAGACGUAACAGCAGCCGCAAGAGGAAAGGCGGUGGUGGAGGACAGCGCCGUAAGGGACAGCAGUCGAAUACAGCGCGAUCUGACAUGUAUCAGGUAGUUAUUAGUCGACCCCCUCGCUCACUGGCGGCGCUCAAGCUCGAUCCCAUGAUCUUCGUACCGCCAGAGAGACGAAGCGCUCGUCGUAACAACCACAAACCAGCUAAAUACGAAGUGCGGGAAAUUCGCGACUACUGUGCGCCGCAUGACUCCACUCAUUAUCCCCUGACGCUCGGUGGACUGGAUGACGACGAUGACGAUGACGGACUGUACGAAAGUAUCCUGGGAGACUAUCAUGAUAAACAGUGUGACAGUACAGAACGGCAGUACCCUCCGCAGCCUCCAACCCGUGGAACGACGGAUGGAGACUUCAAUGCGCGGUUAGGCGACGAACCAGCUCAGAUGCCAUCCCCUGCACCGGGUCCAGCGAGGAGCAAUAGUUCUGGGGACAACACUUCGCGUUCGUUGGGAGAAGGGGAUAAAUCGCGGCCAAUUUUACGACAUAGUAAAAGCCAUGAUGUGGGCGAAAUAAGUGCACGACCGAUCAAGAAAGGCGAACGCUCACGCAGUGUUGUUUCUCUUUUGUCUACAGAACAAUUAGAAAGACAAACCGCGAGUUACUUACCGGAACUUCCUGUGGCAGCUACGUGCAUUACCCUAACUGGCGACGCUGCAUCGGAGUCCGAUGAUGAACCACCUACGCCCCCCGUGCGAGUGACAAGUGUGAAACAGAUUCAGUGUGUUACGGUAGUGGAAAAUAGCGAGUCAGAAGAAACAUCGGAAGAAGAGACGUAUGUCCCACUGGGCGUGUCUCCCGUGCCACGGCGACGACCAGUGCGGAGGAAGAAGUCACAGCAGCUGCGUGGCAGGAACGCCAACGUCAAGUACUUGGCGAAGCCGGGCGUGCACCGUGCGGCCUCGACUCUUCGGCGUAGCCGCCGGGGACACGCAACCAAGAAGACGGGUGACAUCACUCAGAAGGGCUAUGAAAAGAAGCGGACGCGACUGCUGGCUCCCUAUGUCCCCAAACAGUCUCAGGCGGCGCCGGGAGGCGGACCGUCUGCGGCCGGCGGGGGCGGGGGCGGCUGUGGCUCCGGGUCCAGCAGCCCCGGCGCCAGGGCGCGCCGCCGAGGCAACCGGCGGCUCACGCGCAACGAGAGCCGCUACCACUCUGAGGUGCGGCAGGAGGCAGUCCAGCAGGCGCUGGCGGCGAUGCAGGGCCGGCCCAAGCCAUCACUGCCGAUGCCAUCCAAGCGAACCUCCGUCAUGGCCAAGAGCCCAGACGGGACCCGCGACCGGCAUGACUCGGCAUCAAGCUCUGAUGAAGACAGUGUGGUAAAUGAGGGUGGUGGCGACGUGCAGAGCACACCAGAGCGAGAGCGCGCAGUCGUGCCACGAUCCCAUCAGCAUGGGCACCAGCACCCGCAGGGGCAGCCACAGCUGCAGUCGGACACCAGCAGCACAGGUUCUGCCCGCGAGACGCCGCCACAGCAGCGGGAACGCUCGCAACAGCCUCGUCACACCCGCCUUCCUAAUGGUGGCCCUGGGCUCACAGUUUGGGAUGAGCGUGAUGUCGCUGACAUCACUGAUGUCAUGCACAACAUGCGGCCCUAUUCCCAGCCACCUGAUGUUACCCACAACACAGCACAGUCUCGUCGCCUAACAGCUGCUGACAGAGUCAAUCGGUAUAACCAGUCGAGGCAGUCUUCAACAUCAGAUGACAAUAUGGGUACUGGGAGAUGGAAAGUGUCUGCAAAGAUCCAGCAACUCCUCAAUACACUCAAGAGGCCAAAGCGUCGACCUCUUCCAGAGUUCUAUGAAGAUGAUGAUAUAGAACUAGAAAUUGCAGCAAAUCCUAAAGAUCCAAAUGCGCCCAAACCAGAAGGCAGUUCGAUGACUUCUGCAAUUGGAGAGCAACUUGUGGUUCCAUCUGGAUUACCAAGAAAUCUGGAGGCUGCCAUUCAAAGGUAUGGCUCUGCAUCGUACAAAGCUCCUGUAGCAACAGUUCUAGACCCCAAUGGAAAGCUGACCAUCACUCUGACUUAUGGAAAGCUUCUCAGUAGAUCACAGAAAAUUGCUUACACUUUGCUUAACAAGGCCUUCAGCAAAGGUGGUGAUACUUGUCUGAAGCCUGGUGACAGAAUUGCCCUUGUUUACCCAAAUAAUGAUCCUAUAAAUUUCAUUUGUGCCUUUUAUGGGUGCUUGCAAGCUGGAAUUGUGCCAGUUCCAAUUGAAGUUCCUCUGACAAGACGGGAUGCGGGAUCGCAACAGAUAGGAUUCCUGCUAGGUAGCUGUGGCAUUCAGGUUGCAUUGACGUCCGAAGCAUGCCUAAAAGGUCUGCCAAAAACUGCCACUGGUGAAGUAGUGGCAUUUAAAGGUUGGCCCAAACUGCAGUGGUUUGUUACUGAACACUUAGCCAAGACACCAAAAGACUGGCUUCCCCCUCCAAGACUGACAGAUGACACGCCUGCAUAUAUAGAGUACACAACAGACAAAGAUGGUUCAGUCAUGGGUGUCACCGUUACCCGAACAGCUAUGCUGGCUCACUGCCGUACACUCACAAUGGCCUGCAGUUACACUGAAGGUGAAAACAUGGUGUGUGUCCUCGACUUCAAACGAGAAGUUGGACUGUGGCACAGUGUUCUCACAAGUGUUCUCAAUGGCAUGCAUGUGAUUUUUAUACCAUAUGCACUCAUGAAAGUUAACCCAGCAUCAUGGAUGCAGAUGAUCACCAAAUAUAGAGCAAGUGUUGCAGUUGUAAAAUCUCGGGACCUGCACUGGGGCUUGUUAGCGACAAAAGACCAUAAAGAAGUAAGCUUGUCAUCACUCAGGUUGCUGUUAGUAGCAGAUGGGGCAAACCCAUGGUCGCUCUCCUCGUGUGACCAGUUUCUUGGUGUCUUCCAAGCCAAAGGCCUUCGUCCUGAUGCCAUCUGCCCAUGUGCUAGCUCCAGUGAAUGCCUCACAGUAUCUGUGCGAAGACCUGGCAGAGCUGGAGUAAAUGCUACUGGUCGAGGAGUUUUGUCAAUGUCGGGUCUCAGUUAUGGUGUCGUUCGUGUUGAUCAAGAAAAUUCACUGACCUCUUUGACGUUGCAAGACUGUGGUCAGGUCAUGCCUGGCAGUGUGAUUGUGGUUGUGAAAAUGGAUGGACCAUCGUACCUGUGUAAGACUGAUGAAGUAGGUGAGAUUUGUGUGAAUUCAAGUGCAACUGGCAGCCAGUACUGGGGACUGCAAGGUCUGACGAACAGCACAUUCAGAGUGCAGCCUCUCCACAGUGACAGCAAGCCGAUUGGGGAAGCCGAAUAUGUUCGCAGUGGCCUUCUUGGAUUUCUUGGGCCUGGUGGUCUUGUGUUUGUCUGUGGUUCUCGAGAUGGCUUGAUGACGGUGACAGGAAGAAAACAUAACGCUGAUGAUAUUAUUGCAACAGUGCUGGCUGUAGAACCAAUGAAAUUUAUUUACCGUGGUCGUAUCGCUGUCUUCAGUAUCAGAGUGUUACGUGAUGAACGAAUAUGUGUGAUAGCAGAACAACGACCUGAUUGCAGUGAAGAAGAGAGUUUCCAAUGGAUGUCACGGGUUCUCCAGGCAGUUGACUCAAUUCAUCAAGUUGGCAUCUAUUGUCUGGCUCUUGUGCCACCAAACUACUUACCUAAGACACCUCUUGGUGGAAUUCAUCUCUCAGAAACAAAGCGUCGGUUCUUAGAGGGAACUCUUCAUCCAGCUAAUGUGCUACUUUGCCCGCACACUUGUGUCACAAAUCUGCCCAAACCUCGUGAGAUACAUUCAGACGUUGGGCCUGCCUCUGUCAUGGUAGGCAACAUAGUGCAAGGCAAUCGGCUUGCAUCUGCCCAAGGAAGAGACAUGGGAAUUGUGGAUGAGGAAUCUGACUCAGCAAGGAAGUAUCAAUUCAUAUCGGAAAUUCUGAAGUGGAGGGCACAGAGCACAGCUGACCAUGUUAUAUUUACAUUGCUCAAUAGUAAAGGAACUGUAGCAGUCACACUUUCCUGCUCACAACUUCAUAAGAAAGCUGAAAGGGUUGGCAACCUUUUACUCGAGAAAGGAAAGAUCAAUACAGGCGAUCAUGUGGCACUCAUCUUCCCACCUGGAAUUGAUCUCAUUUGUGCAUUCUAUGGUUGCCUUUAUGUUGGUGCUGUGCCAGUAACAAUAAGACCACCACAUCCUCAAAAUUUGCAGACUACACUUCCUACUGUGAGAAUGAUUGUUGAUGUCAGCAAAUCUGUCCUAGUUUUAUCCAAUCAGAAUGUAAUAAAGCUUCUAAAAUCCAAGGAAGCAAGUAAUGUGGUGGAUAUAAAGUCUUGGCCUAUCACACUUGACACGGAUGACAUGCCAAAGAAGAAGCUGCCUACAAUGUAUCGGGCACCAACUGCAGAAAUGCUGGCUUACCUAGAUUUCAGUGUUUCAACAACGGGCAUGCUAGCUGGCAUUAAGAUGUCUCAUGCUGCAGUGACAUCACUUUGUAGAUCAAUGAAGCUAGCCUGUGAACUCUAUCCUUCUCGUCAUAUUGCGUUGUGCCUUGAUCCUUACUGUGGUCUUGGAUUUGCUCUGUGGUGCCUAAGCAGUAUUUAUUCUGGGCAUCACUCAAUUCUAAUUCCUCCAUCAGAAGUGGAAGUGAAUCCUGCACUUUGGCUCUCUGCUGUCAGUCAAUACAGAGUGCGUGACACUUUUUGUUCAUAUGGUGUUAUGGAAUUGUGUACCAAGGGCCUGGGUACAUCAGUGAACCAACUAAAGCAGCGUGGUAUCAAUCUUGGAUGUGUGCGGACAUGUGUGGUAGUUGCAGAAGAACGUCCACGUAUUUCACUUACUACCAGUUUUUCUAAACUUUUUUCAGCAUUAGGGCUCAGUCCACGUGCAGUAUCCACUAGUUUUGGAUGUCGUGUGAAUGUUGCCAUUUGUUUACAGGGUGCAUCUAGUCCAGAGCCAUCAACAGUUUAUGUUGACCUACGAGCACUAAGAAAUGAUAGGGUCUCUCUAGUGGAGAGAGGGAGUCCUCAUUCCCUGUGCUUGAUGGAAUCGGGUAAACUGUUGCCUGGAGUAAAAGUGAUAAUUGCCAACCCAGAAACAAAGGGUCAGUGUGGUGAUUCCCAUCUUGGAGAGAUUUGGGUGCAGUCCAGCCACAAUGCAAGUGGGUACUUCACAAUUUAUGGAGAUGAGAGCGACUACGCAGACCAUUUCAAUGCUCGUUUGGUGACAGGCACCACAGGGGAGACGUAUGCCCGUACUGGAUAUCUCGGCUUCCUAAGGAGAACAGAGUGCACUGGUCAGCAGCAGACAAGCACAGUGAUCGGAAGCAGUAUCGGAGAACAGACCUCAGCAGUGUUGGGCGCAGGAGUUGAGGGCUGUGACUCCCCUGCUCCUACACAGCCCCUGCUGGAUGCUCCAGAGUUACAUGAUGCUGUGUUUGUGGUUGGUGCACUUGAUGAGACUAUUAUGUUAAGAGGAAUGCGGUAUCACCCUAUAGACAUAGAAAAUAGUGUCAUGCGAUGCCAUAAAAAGAUUGCUGAAUGUGCUGUAUUCACAUGGACAAAUUUACUGGUGGUGGUGGUUGAACUGGAUGGGAAUGAAAAUGAAGCUCUCGAUCUUGUUCCUCUCGUUACAAAUACUGUUCUGGAGGAACACCAUCUUGUCGUCGGAGUAGUGGUUGUUGUUGAUCCAGGUGUAGUGCCAAUUAACUCCCGUGGAGAGAAACAGCGCAUGCAUCUUAGAGAUGGCUUCCUUGCUGAUCAACUAGACCCCAUAUAUGUAGCAUACAAUAUGUGAUGAGGUUCAGUGGUCUGUGGACCAUUCCUGUGGAACUGUGAGACUGGCCAUACCUGGAGAAAUGAUUCAGUUGUUGUGUGCGUCACAAUUAGUCUGUGUAUUCGAGAAUACUUGUCAUGACGACAGAUUUGAAGACAUUAGAAGUGUGUGAAAUAUUUUGAUGCCUAGUAUGAAUUUAUAACAGAAACGGUGUGACAUUGUAUGUUGCCACUUUCCGGCAAAGGUGGCAGACAUCGACUGCAUUGUGCCACUAAUAGACAUAUGUUGAUUUCAUGCAUAACUGAACUACCUAGAGAACCACUUUUGUACUUGUAAUAUUAGUGGUGGUUCUUUUAAAGUGUGUGAUUCAAGCAUCUGCUAAAGACUCUCAGUUGAGCAGCCUGUACGGUGCACUAAUUUUGUGAUUUUUUGUGACAGUUGUGAGUUUAUGGACAAGCUGAGAAUCAACACUAUCUACAGUGGGUUUAAAAUGUCUUAAAAUUUGUUUUCUGUCAACGAUAUUUCCGUUGAAUGGUGAACUGACUGUACUGUAUAUUUAAUAUAAAAAGCUACAAAUGACUGUUACUUCAUCUUUUUCCAUCCAGAAGUGCAAUGAUUACUGCACACACUGAAGUCUGUGAUCUGAGAUUCUUUCCCAUGUCCCUUUAACAGUGAGGAUUAGUCAGUGAUAUUGCAUGGAUGUGAAAGAAUCUGCCCAAAAUUCAUGAAGAAAAGAGAAUACCGCAAACCUGAAGCCACAACUGUGAAAGUGUUUAGAAUAGAGGGACCAUUGGACAUAGCUUGUACUUUUACCACUGUGAUGUAACCAGAUUUUCUUACAGGCAUUGUAAGCCUUGGGCAUUUGACUUCGCUCAAAGAAAAUACCAUUAUCAAAGGCAUCUGCACCUAUGAUUUUGAAUAGUGUUAAACUUUUAGAUUUUAAUGUGAGACAGUACAUAACUGAUGAUGUGGUGAAGAAAACUAAACUUCGAGCAGGAUUUCUAGUAUGGUUGGCUGUGUGAUUAUAGACUGCCCGAUAUUAAGUCAUCAUUAUGCCUUCAGCUCAUAAACAUGUCUAGCGAUACAACUCACCGUUAGGAAUGUGUAAAUGCAUGUUCUGCAUACAUUACAUAACAGAAAUAAAGUAAUUUUGUGUACAUUUAUGUAAUAUACUUUUAACAAAUUUGUGUGAAAUGUGACAACUAGCUCUGAUUUUUUUUUUUCUGUCACACUUAAUUUAAAAAAAGGUCCCUAUAAUAAGUGUUGCUAUUAUCGACACCAAGCGAUUUAAAAAUCUGUUGACUCUCUUUUUUAAAAAAAUUACGUUCUAAUUGAUAAUGCUUAUGUAUUUAUGUAACAGACAAAGUGCUUCUUUGGCAGCUUACAUUAUUUUCUUUCAUAGUAAGUCUUAAAGAAACAUACACCCUGUUAUCAUCACCCAUCAUUGUCGUCAUUGUCAUCACCAUCACCAUCCGUCAUCAUCAUCAUCAUCAUCAUCAUCAUCAACAUCAUCAUUAUUGUUAUUUGAAGCACAAUAACAACAAUUUAGCAAAAGACAGAGCUGACUUCAUGCAUUUUGUGUGAUACUCAUGUAAUACAAGCAACAAUGCCAUGUAAAGAAUUGAUGUCUCAGUUUCUGAGUAUGAUAUUUUCUUUUUAUAUAUAUAUAUAUAACUUGUUUUGCUUGUGCUGACUAUUGUAUUUACUAUUUCUGUUAAAGCCUAGUGCAAUACUGUUGUGAAUUUGAAGGAAUUGAUUAAUUCAUGUAUCUAGUCUCUGUUAAUACUGGAACAUAGAUUAUAGUCUUGCCACGAUCACUGUGAGCCUUUUUCUUAGAUACAUUACUUGAAAAUUAAUGUAAGAAUGGAAUUAUGUUCAAAUGUAUUUCACUUGUGCCAACACAGAAAGACAACACGAGUCAUUUGUCCUUGCGUGAAAAAUGAUUUGAUUCUUAAAGUAUUAGACAUAUAAAAAUGUCGUAAAUCAAAUGCUGGGUGGUGUUAUAGUCUGCACAAAGCCUAGUAUGUUCAAAUACUCCCAGAAGAAUCAUUGCAAGACUGCAUGAAAGGGAGGAAAUUUACUGUUUUCAUGGCCAAUGUCUUUCAUCAUCUGGUAGCACAAUAUAAAAACUUUUGUUAUAACUUUAUGAAACAGUCUCACUAUUGUUUGGUUAGUAUACUACACAAAUUUUAAACAGCAGUAUUUGUUUUAAGAAUAUUUUCAAGCACAGAUAAAUUGAAAUUGUUUGGCUUUGAAGUGGAUUAUCUUUAUGAUUGUUAGGUUUCUUUGUGAUGACGAUACUAGUGAACAUUACUAAUGUGAGUUCUUGAAGAAAUUGUAUUUGAUGAAUUGAGGAGGGAAAAAAGUGACUGAAUGCUUUAACACAGACCAUACCAUAUGGAGUAAGGCAAUUUUGUAAAUUUUUUAUGGAAAUGCUUUUAUAUUUUGUAUUGUUUUGGUGAACUUCUUUUCAACAGAUUUAGCUGUAGCUAUUUUCAUCACUGAGAAAUACAUUUCCAAAAGCCCAGUGUACUGAAUAUUCUUGUAUUUCCAAUGUCAAUAUUGCUGCAUUGCUUCUGUACCUCAUUUGAUGAAGAGCCCUGAUAUAAAAUUCUACUGCAUCUGGAUAAUACACAUUUGGUUAAAAUAUUAAUUCAUUGAAUAGCAGUGCAAACUAGACAAUUCAUACAAUAAAUAGCAUUUAAUUGUGGAAGACUUGCAAUAUUUCAGUGAUACAUUAAAGAAAAUUAUGUUUUAACUUGUGUAACUGUGUGCAACAUUACAACCAUGUCCUUACUUCCAAAUGUCGGGACUCUUCACUAAAUGCAUAUGGAAGGGAACUUUGAUAUUUUUAUAUGAAGGUUGGUGACCUUUUCCUUACUUCAUGUGGUGAGCUAAAUAGGAACACUGUCACACAUAUUGAUCAAAGUUCAUUUAUGUCUUGUCUAAUCUCUGCACAAAAGGUGAAUUACAACAAAGCAUUGGUAUUUUUAAGCCACUAUACUGUUGUUUGAUGUAGAUUGUGUAUUAAGUUUUAGCCAUAAGUUAACUCCUUCAAGGGAGUUUCUUGUAAAUAACCUACCAGAAAGGUUUACAUCAUUGCACAUUAAUCCUUCUUGUAACUCCUACUUAAAGUAUAUAAAGGUGUCUGUUAUAAGAUGCCAUAUGCUUUAUAUAGCUCUUUAUCAUGAAACAUGGGCUACCAUUAGUACUUGUUACUGAUCUUUUCACUCUUCCCUAAGAUGCAUAUUGCCUGUUAACCAAACACAAAGUAAACAGAAAUGAUUUCAGGCACAGCUGAAAUGUGAUAGUGCAAAAACUGCCUUCAUUUUUGAAUAAAAGAUUAUGUAAAUUUUGCAUUUUCAUACAUCAACGUACAAAAUAUCUAGAUAAUUUGAAAAUUUACCGUCACUAUCUAAAAUAUCACUUUGAUGAAAAUUAUUAAUCUUUUACUUUGUGGAAGGUUACUAAGAGCAAUUUUUAUGUAACUUGUCUGAAAUGUGACAGAUAUAUUUUUGUCAAUUCAGUAAAAUCAUUUUGAGUAUAUCUGUAGAACAUUGCCAACAUAAACAAAUCAUCAGUAACAUUCCGAAAGGGAGGAGGGGAGGCAUUUUUGUUUUUGUAUAGCCUUUUGUAAAAUAAACUAAAACAAAUGGAA